AUGUUCUGCCGUAAAGACAUAGAAGAUGAAGAAUCAGAUAGUGAAAACUAUCAAUCAGAAAUUGAGAAUUACUGCAAGGAUAUUGAUUCCUUACGAUGUCUGGACAUCAGUUAUUUAUCGGACAAUGAAGUACCAUGCAUUACAACAUCCAAAGAAGAGGACAUUAAACAUAUUGAAUGUGAUGAAGAUGUGAAAAUAUGCAAAACGUCAACUUUAGAUUGUAAAAUUUUAAAAGUUUACACAAGUAGGGCCUGCUUUUAUCUAUCACAUAAUGUGAUAAAUGAUAUACUCCAUAUUGAUGAAAAUAUUAUCAAAUAUAAAGAAGGGUACGGUACAGCAUACUGCCUAAAAUGUCAAAAACACUUCUGCUUUUGUCCAGAGUCCAUCAAUUAUCACAUACUUUCAGAAGAAGAAGAAGAAGACAACUCUCUGAUUUGCUCCGAAUCAAUAGAAUCUACUCCAUCUCCGGAGGCACCUGCAUCAACGGCACCCGGACCAUCCACCACCCCCACCACCACCACCAAAAACAUACAACAAAAACAAAGUUGCCAUUGCAAUAAAAGGGAAAAAGCGUCAGCCCUACCAAACCAACCAACAAAAAACAUAACUAUACAAGCGUUGCUGCUAUGGGGGCUUUUGUUCAUGGCUGUUUAUACCUAG